AUGGAGUGGAUAAGGGGUCCUUUAGUGGGCCGGGGAGCCACUGCCGCAGUGUCUAUAGCCACCAUGGCCUCAGGUGAGGUCUUCGCCGUGAAGUCUAGUGAUCUUUCUUGUUCUAGCUUGUUGCAGAAGGAGAAAUCUUUGAUUUCUCAGCUUGAUUCUCCUUAUAUUGUCAAGUGUUUGGGUUCUGAAAUAACGUUUGAGAAUCAAAGGCAUGUUUACAAUCUGUUCUUGGAGUAUGUACCGGGUGGCACACUCUCUGAUCAGAUUACAAAGCAAGGUGGUUGUUUGGAUGAGUUCACGAUUCAGUUCUACACGCAUCAAAUGCUUGAAGGAAUGAAUUAUCUUCACAUGAAUGGAUUGGUGCACUGUGAUAUCAAGGGUCAGAACGUUUUGAUUGGUAAAGAUGGUGUUAAGAUUGCUGAUUUUGGCUGUGCUAAAUUGAUGCAAGAAGGUGGUGGUUCAGCCAAGUCAGCAUUUUCCGGCACUCCGGCUUAUAUGGCGCCGGAGGUAGCUCGUGGCGAAGAGCAAGGAUUUCCAGCUGAUAUUUGGGCUUUGGGGUGCACAAUUAUUGAAAUGGCAACUGGAUCUAAUCCAUGGCAAGAAAUGGAGGACCCUGUAUCUGCACUUUACAGAAUUGGAUAUUCCGGUACCUCACCAGAAUAUCCAAGCUGGUUGUCUGAUAGUGCUAAAGAAUUGCUCAGCAAGUGUUUGGUGAGAGAUCCCAAUGAGCGGUGGACGGCCGCCCAGCUUUUAAAGCACCCUUUUUUCGACUCCAUGGAGGAGAAUUUGGAGGAAUUUAAAGAAUUCACGAGGAGAACUCCAACUAGUGUGAUGGAUCAAGGCUUUUGGGAUUCAUUAGAGUCGACCAAUUCUUCUCCGAAUCCGACCCACAAUUUUUCCUCUCCGAAUUCUCCGGCCGACAGGAUCCUACGUUUGAUUUCAUAUGAAAAUUCAAGUUUACCAGAUUGGGCAGAAGGAGGAGACUGGGUGACAGUCAGGUGCAACCAAAAUGAAGAAAUUUCAAAUCCUACAUUUUCCAGCUCAAUUGAAGAAGAGAUUCGAACCUCAAUUCUCAUUGAGGAUUCAUUAUUAUUCAGUGAUUAUCUUAGGAUUAUUGAAAAUUUUCUUAGCAUUGAGUCAUUUUCAGUGACAAGUGUUGAGAAUGUUAAUGAUGUUUCUGCAUCAACAAUUCUUUAUUUUCUAAGAAUAUUAAUGGAAUUAAUUUUUCUCGUUCAAAUCACAUUUCUUACAAAAGUGGAGACUCGAGUCUUGGUGGAGUCUUGGGUCAGGCAUUCAGCAAAGUCAACCAUUUUGCCUUUUAGGCAUUGGUGUGAAACAUAA